ACCGAGAGUUCAGUCGUAUCUCUCCCCUCGCGUGGCCUCUCGCCGCUGUACCAUUUAAUUCGUCCCCUCCACGCGGGCUCAGCUGGUACCAGCUGACACCUCUCAACGAGAUCCGUUCGGCUUGACAAUGGAAAAUCCCAUCUCUACGUCAUACGUGGCGGACUCAGAUUGGAUCGACACGCGAGGAAUGCAUGCGUACGAUCGCGGUAUCAACACUCGACGAGCGGGCGUCUUUUUGCUAUGAUCGAAUAUACACACUCGCGUGAAGAACGAUUGUUGUAAAGUGUUUUUAUCACGGAAAGGAGAUAUCGAGAGAUACUUAUCAAGGAAGGAUACCUGGAAAGUCAUAUAAUAAAUCACGCCCGGCGAGAUAACGGCUGUGUAUUAUAUAAAUCGCAACGGUUCCGUCAGCCUGCUUAAUAUUUCAGUGUUUCACUCGCGCUUUUGUGGUAUUCUUUUAAUUUUAACGAGAGGUAUCUGUUAUGAAUAUAGAUUUUGAUUGACAUACGCAUCGCUGUGUAAACACGCCCUUAAAGUUCCUUAAAUUGACACAAAUAAAUCUCGGUAAUAUCGCAGUAUUUAAUAAUCCCGAACAAAUCGCAGUAUUUUUGAAAGUAUUGGUCGAAUUUCGUAAGUCUAUUAAUACGAAAGUAGAAAAAAAAACCAUGAGUCAAACAAAAAAUCGCGUUAACUUGAGCGACGUGAGUGACAAGUUUACCGAAGAGGUGCUGACAGACGUCCUCUCUAAGGCGUGUAACGGGAAGAAGGUUCAGCUGACAGAUUGGAAUUUUGGCGAGGGAUUUGCCAAGGGUGACAGCUACCUGUCGACAGUUAACAAGGGUACGCUGUACGGUAUUGUGGACGGCAGUCCGAGGCAGCAAGUGCAAGUUAAUUUCGUCGUAAAGUCAAUUCCCAAAAACAUUGGCAGGAGAAAGACCUUUAGAAGCAGAGAUUUUUUCAGUAACGAAAUUAUAUUCUAUACAAAGGUUGUCCCCAAGAUUGAAAAAUUCUUAGCGGAGAGAGGACAAAGCAGUCUACUGCGCAUACCACGUUACUUGGCUUCUUACAUGGACGGUGAGAAUGAUUUCAUAGUCCUGGAAGAUGUCUCGCCUCUUGGAUUCGGGCCGGCGUCCAGACAGAGCUGCCUGGACUGGGCGGAAUGUACCGUGAUUUUAGAAGCCCUGGCGAAAUUUCACGCGAUUUCGUUUGCAUACAGAGACCAAAAGAAAGAGGAAUUCGACGAAUUAACAAGCUAUUUAAAAGAGACCUACUUUGGUGAUCAUAACUGGAACUGGUACCAAAAAUUCCAUAAACGGCUAGUGGAUAUUGCUAAACACGCGUUAAUGAUGGAAUAUCCCAACAGUAAAGCUGAAAAGCAAUUCAAUUCCUAUAAAUUUGGUGAACUCUACGACAUGUGCACGAAAUUAUGUGAGGAAAGAGGUACCUCGACGUCUGUUAUAGCAGCGGGUGACUGUUGGGCCCCAAACUUUCUAGUUCGGGACAUCGGGGAAAAUAAAAAAGAAGCGCUAGUGUUGGACUUUCAGCUUGCACGUUGCGCUAGCCCUAUCACGGAUAUGUCGUUUUUAGUUUACUCCUGCACUCAGAAGUCAUUUCGCGAUCAGUAUUUUGACGAUAUAUUGAAAAUUUAUUACUCCGAAUUGAGCAGCGCCAUUAAAUCUCUUGGAUCUGACCCGGAAAAAGUUUAUCCAUGGGAUUUAUUUAUGAGAGAGGUGAAGAGAAAUUUCAUCGUUGGAUUAGCGUUCUCCCUGGAAGCUGUUCCAUUUUGUCUAUUGGAUCCAUCACAAUCAUUCGAUUUAGAUGCCAUUGUCAAGGGCGACGAGGCAGUAAAUAUCGCUGAUGUAUGGACAUUAUCUAAUAUCGAAACAUCAAGCGGAAGGCGAAGAUUAGCAGACGUGAUUGUUCAUGGGGUUGAAAAUGGAUUUUUAUGAAAAUGAAAGUUUAUAUGUAAUUAUAAUUUUGCAUCGUUAUAAAACAUGACUACGUAAUUUUAACAAGAUGAUUUCACAUUAUUGGAAUAGUAUUAGUAUAUAUGUACUGCUGAAGCUAGUAUUAUUGGAACAGUAUAGGUAUAAUGUAUAUAAUUAGCAAUAUAUUAAUUUUAAUAAAAUGUCACUUUCACAUA